AUUUUCUUGUCCGCCCCCAUACGAGGACAGUCGGAGACAAGAGUUCAUAGCGUCAAUUGCUGUAAGUUAUUUUAAGUAUAAUUUUUCAUUAUUCUACUGAUAAAACUAUAAAAUAAAACUUAAUAUUUCAUUGAUACGGUUGAUAAUAAUGUAUUUUUUUCAUAUUUUUAUAUAAACAAAUAGGACAAGCAGUAUUCACCAAAGUUUUGCGGAAACAAAAGUCUCACUUUGGGAAGGUAAACAUCUAUUUAAAUAAAAUUUGUAUAUGAAUAAAUUUUAAAAUGCGUUUUUCAUCCAUAGAGUAAACUCUUUGAUGAUGCUUACGAUUGUUGUAUUGUGUAUAGUUGGACAAGCAAUUUCGGCUCCCUUCGGUAAUCGUAGAUUAAUUAUAGAUGAGGAGGAGGUAGCCGGAAGAUUUUCAGAAAUGAUAAUGAAACCAUGCGAUUCCAGUCCAUGCUUUAAUGGUGGGACCUGCGAAAAUUUGAACGACGGUAGCAAUUUUGAAUGUAGGUGUUUGCCAACUUAUUUAGGCACACAAUGCAACAUCAAGGUGAACUUUUGUCUGUCGGAACCUUGCAUGAAUGGAGCAACCUGCAGCAAUACCUCUACGGGACCUUUGUGUACUUGUGCCGCGGGAUUCACCGGCACUGUAUGUCAACAUUUGACCAACAGUUGCAAUUCUAAUCCUUGUUUAAACAAUGGAAUUUGCAUAGAAUCAGAGAGUAGUUAUGUUUGUUCGUGUAAAGCCUGUUUCUUUGGUAGAGACUGUGAGAGAAUUGUAGUUGAUUGUCAGUCUGAUAUUGUAAUGUAAAUUGAAGAUACUGUUAAACUAUAAAACUUUCUGGUUAUUGUUUUGCAUAUGCUGAAUUUGUAGAACGUUUCGAAAGUUUAUGAAUUCUUUAAAUAAAUUAAAAUUUAAAUAUUUAGAUUUUUUAGACUUUCAAAGAUUUUUUUUGAUGAAUUCGUUAAGAUGAAUAACGAAUAGGUUAUGAGAAAACUGCUCUAGCACGACAUAUCCUUAUAAGACCUUUGGUGAAUAAUUCAUUCGCACUUUUAUCUGUUUAUUUCUUUCAUAAAUGAUGAACAUAGGCAACGUAAAGAGUGAAGUCGUUUCAGUAGUUUCCACUUUGAAUGUUACGUUUAUAUUAGUUGUCAUCAUUUCCAUAAACUUUGUCCUCUACAUUUGAACAAACUGAAAAGGAUAUCGUCUACUUUCUAUUUUGAACAAAAAGCUUUCUCUCAUAUUUUUGUCAAACAAAAUUUGAUAGGGAUUUUGGUCACAUUCGUCAUCGAUAAUUCCGUAAUCUUUUCCAGAUAAUCCAAGCAAACAUUGACAGCUUUUUAUAACUAUUUAUUAAAAUCUUGACGUGUACUCUCAUUCUAAGAUAGAAUUUAAAUUAUAGGCAUCAAAUGCAUCCCUGAUUUUGCAAAUAUUUCUCACAGUUGCCCUGAAGAGCAAUCAAACAUUUAGCAAGUCAGCAAACUUUCUUUUCUGCAAAAUGUGCUAUACUACCCAGCGAUUGCAUAGUUCGUGCUAUCAGUACCAUAUGCUCAAGUUUUUGAUCUUGAGAUAUGCCUAAAACUAUCUUACCUGCAAAAUGAUAGUACUUAAUUCCAUGUUUACAAGUUCCACCAUCUUAACAAAGAAGUGAUUCACAUUCAUAUUUAUCUUUCACAAGACCUUUCAGCAUUUAGGCAGAAAAGAGAGGCAGAUUCAUCAACAUUUGUUAUUAUGGCAAUAACAAAAUAUAGGAAUUUAAACAAUUGUGACGUGCUCCAUCAUUAAGACCAAGAUUUGAAUAACAGUUAUCAUACAAUACCAAUCAUUUCUUUUUCAGAAAAUUCGACUUUACACAUACAUUUAUAAUUGUUUGUAAGAUCUCUAUAUGCGCUUUCGUUUCACAAUGAUUUAACUUGCUAUUGUCACUUUUCAUUUCGGAAUUAUCUGCGAAGUAUUCAGGUAGACAAUUACAUUUUUAGACGUACUCAAAUAGUCAACAACUUCCACCACUCCUGUAUGUAAUUUGGUUGCCAAAGCUUCUUGAACAUUUCUUUGCAGAUGCAAUCAAUUAUUGCUUUCUUGUAGUUUCACCAGAGCUAAUGGAAAAAUUAAUCAAUUGCAUUAAUUUCAGAUAGGUACCAAUACGGUAUAUAUGGAUUUUUU